UGCGCGCGGGGGGCUCGUUGUCCCGCGUGGGAUCCGAUGAGGAGCCAUGAGCGUGGACAAGGCCGAGCUGUGCGGGCCUCUGCUCACCUGGUUACAGACUUUCCAACUUCCAUGCCCCUGUGCCAGCGCCCUGGACCUGAGCAGUGGCCUGGCCAUCGCCCACGUGCUGAAUCAGAUAGACCCCUCCUGGUUCAACGAGUCAUGGCUCCAGGGCAUCACGGAGGACCCAGAUCCCAACUGGAGGCUGAAGGUCCGCAAUCUCAAAACCAUCCUGCAGAGCGUGGUGGAUUACUCCCAGGCUGUUUUGGGGCAUCCUGUGUCGGAGCUGCACCUGCCGGAUGUAAACCUCAUCGGGGAGUUCUCGGAUCCGGCGGAGCUUGGCAAAUUGCUGCAGCUGGUGCUGGGCUGUGCCAUCAGCUGUGAGAGAAAGCAGGAGCAUAUCCAGAGGAUCAUGACCUUGGAGGAGUCCGUGCAGCACGUGGUGAUGGAAGCAAUCCAGGAGCUCAUGACAAAGGAUACCCCCCCAGACUCCCUGUCCUCAGACACCUAUGGCAACUUUGAUACCCAGUCCCGUAGGUAUUACUUUCUGAGUGAGGAAGCCGAGGAGGGGGACGACCUGCGGCAGCAUUGUCUGGACCUGGAACGGCAGCUCAUGCUGCUGUCAGAGGAGAAGCAAAACCUAGCACAGGAGAACGCUGCGCUGCGGGAGCGUGCGGGCCGGCCUGCGGCGGAGGCGACGGAGAGCCCCCAGGGUGCACCAAGCAUCACCAAUAAAAAAUUGCUACUGUUGCAGUCACAGCUGGAACAGCUGCAAGAGGAGAACUUCAGGCUGGAGAGCGGCCGGGAAGACGAACGCCUGCGCUGCGCCACGUUGGAGCGGGAAGUGGCCGAGCUGCAGCAGCGGAACCAGGCGCUGACCAGCCUGGCCCAGGAGGCCCAGGCCCUGAAGGAUGAGAUAGAUGAGCUUAGGCAGACCUCCGAGAGAGCUGGGCAGCUGGAGGCCACCCUGAACAGCUGCCGGCGCCGUCUCGGGGAGCUGCGGGAGCUGCGGCGGCAGGUGCGGCAGCUGGAGGAGCUCAACGCGGGCCACGCGGAGCGCACGCGGCAGCUGGAGGAGGAGCUGCGCCGGGCAGGCUCCCUGCGCGCCCAACUGGAGGCUCAGAGGCGGCAGUUGCAGGAAGUUCAAGGCCAACGACAGGAGGAGGCCAUGAAGGCGGAGAAGUGGGUCUUUGAGUACCGAAACCUGGAGGAAAAGUUGGAGUCGGUGACGAAGGAGAAGGAGCGGCUGCUGGCCGAACGGGACUCCUUGCGAGAGGCCAACGAGGAGCUGCGCUGCGCUCAGCUGCAGCCACGGGGCUUGACGCAGGCCGACUCCUCCUUGAACUCUACAUCUCCAGCAAUGGAGAAUUUAGCAGCGGAGAUCCUGCCCGCCGAGCUCAGGGAGACGCUCCUGCGGCUCCAGCUGGAGAACAAGAGACUGUGCCAGCAGGAGGCGGCCGACCGCGAGCGGCAGGAGGAGCUGCAGCGCCACUUGGAGGAGGCCAACCGUGCACGCCAUGGGCUGGAGGCGCAGCAGAGGCUGAGCCAGCAGCAGGUGGCCGAGCUGCGGGCCCAGGUGGAGGAGCUGCAGAGGAGCCUGCAGGAGCAGGGCAGCAAAGCCGAGGAAGUGAGUGUCUCCCCUCGCCCUUCCCUGCUGAAGAGGAAGCUGGAGGAACACCUGCAAAAGCUGCACGAGGCGGACCUGGAACUGCAGCAGAAGCGGGAGUACAUGGAAGAGCUGGAGCCGCCCUCCGCAGCGGACAGCAGCACCGCCCGGCGCCUCGAGGAGCUCCAGCAGAGCCUGCAGAAGAAGGACGCGGACUUGCGGGCCAUGGAGGAGCGCUACCGCCGCUACGUGGACAAGGCGCGUGCGGUCAUGCAGAGCCAGGAAACUAAGCCACGAGUAGCGCCUGCCGGGGCACCCCCAGAACUGCACACCCUGAGGUCGCAGCUGCGGGACCAGGAGGUCCGCAUCCGGCACCUGGAGAUGGACUAUGAGAAAAGCCGGAGCCAGCGGGAACAGGAGGAGAAGCUGCUGAUCAACGCCUGGUACAACAUGGGUAUGGCCCUGCAGCAGCGAGCCGGGGAGGAGCGAGCCCCUGCCCACGCCCAGUCCUUCCUGGCCCAGCAGCGCCUGGCCACCAACGCUCGCCGCGGACCCCUGGGACGCCUGGGGUCUCUGAGCCUUCGCCCGGCAGCCAGCGCCGACAAACAUUGACAGAAGGCCCUUGGCCCCGGGGCCUGGCUCCCACCCCAGCAUGUGCUGGGCAGCCUCUGGCCUGGGCCAGUUCAUCUGUGACUCUUGACCUUGGCACUCCCGAGAUUGGGGUGCCGGGGCUGGGCAGGUGGCAGUGAUCUGAUCACGUCCUGAACUUUUUUUUCUCUCUCUGGAGCUUACGUGCCGCUGGGGAGCGUGUGAUUUUUAUAUUUGAGAUUAAUAAAGACUUUUU